AUGGAGCGACUCGAGUUUUGCCGUUCGGCGUCGCCCAGUAGCAGGAAACGCGCUCGUCUUGACGAUGAGCUCGAUGAUCGCGAGGUCGCGAAGGAGCUGCAGAAUUCUCCGUGGUCAGAACCAGUUCGUGACGAGGCAUACUACUUCUCGGAUGGGAGCUGCAUCCUACGCGUUGAGAACACACUCUUCAAUGUACACCGUAGUAUGCUGUCAAGGGACGCUUCCAUGUUCAGUACAAUGUUCGCCCUUCCUAUCCCAUCUACCAAAGACGGUGCCGAAGGAUCUUGCGACGAGAACCCCAUAUACCUCGCAGGAGACACGGCUUCAGAGUUUCGAAACCUCAUGUGGGCACUGUACGCACUGCCGCAUGAAUCACUAGCUGUGCAUUCCAAUCCCGACGACUUCCCCCGGCUGAUGGACGUGGCCAAACUGUCAAACAAAUACUCAUUCAGAUCAGUCGAGUCGUGGGCUCUUGAUGCCAUAGUCCACCUCGUUGGAUGCGAGCAGAACAAUAUCGGACUCUCCGCGUUGAUCCCUUACGACCUCUCGCGCGCGCCACAGAUCACAUUCACCCCGACUGGUCAGUUGUUCUCGCGCUUGAUACGGCUCGCUCAGGCCUGCGGACACCCCACGCUCCUCAACACUAUGACCAGUCUCCUCAGAAGGCGUAUGCGCCAGGUUGUCGAUUAUGCAUACCUCGCUAUGAGCCUCGCGGACGAGUUGGACCUGCGAAAGCUGCGAGGCGCCGCAUACAUGGAGAUCUUGCAGAGAGGCAGUCUGUUCCCAUCGUCCUCCCCGGCGCCCUCGUCGACACCUGUCAGCACCUCCGGACAGAGCCAAGAUGAGGCCAGUGUGGAGGACGAACAAGUCAGACACAACGAGCUGCUCAUGUCGCCCGAGCAGAAGUUGCGCCUUCUGUCAGGGUACUAUCGGCUGACUGCCGCCUGGGAAUCCAUGCGCAGGAACCCACUCUCCUUCGACCAUGCGCCUGCUUGCGGGGCUACCUGGCACCAACACGGUUGUCUGCAGAGUUGGCUGGAGUUCUGGAAGGAGAAGACACGGUGCGAGGCGAUACUCGAUGCGGGUAUGGCAGACGUUCCUGGCCGUCUCAGAGCCGUUGGGAAAGAACUUGACCGGUGGGGUUCGGCCACAUAUAUGCACCACGACUGCAGGCAGAUCGCUCGAAAGAGGAUAGAUCAGAAGGCCAAAGAGAUCGAGAGUUUGCUACCAGAUUAUUUCGUUUAA